GCUGCUGCUGCCGCCGCCCCCGGUCACUCCCGCGAGCCCCGGGGCGCCCGCGCCCGUGAACCCCUGCUGCUAUUACCCGUGCCAGCACCAGGGCAUCUGUGUCCGCUUCGGCCUCGACAGCUACCAGUGUGACUGCACCCGCACCGGCUACUCUGGCCCCAACUGCACUAUCCCUGACCUGUGGACCUGGCUCCGGAAUUCCCUGCGGCCCAGCCCCUCUUUCCUCCACUUCCUGCUGACGCACGGGCGCUGGUUCUGGGAGUUCAUCAAUGCCACCUUCAUCCGUGACAUGCUCAUGCGCCUGGUGCUCACAGCACGUUCCAACCUUAUCCCCAGCCCCCCCACCUACAACUUAGCACAUGACUACAUCAGCUGGGAGUCCUUCUCCAACGUGAGCUAUUACACUCGUGUUCUGCCCUCCGUUCCCCAAGACUGCCCCACGCCCAUGGGGACCAAAGGGAAGAAGCAGCUGCCAGAUGCCCAGCUCCUGGGUCAACGCUUCCUGCUCAGGAGGAAGUUCAUACCUGACCCCCAAGGCACCAACCUCAUGUUUGCCUUCUUUGCACAACACUUCACCCAUCAGUUCUUCAAAACUUCCGGCAAAAUGGGACCUGGCUUCACCAAGGCCUUGGGCCAUGGGGUGGACCUCGGCCACAUUUAUGGAGAUAAUCUGGAUCGUCAGUAUCAGCUGCGGCUCUUUAAGGAUGGAAAACUCAAGUACCAGGUGCUGAACGGAGAGAUGUACCCGCCGUCAGUGGAAGAGGCGCCGGUGCUGAUGCACUACCCACGGAAUGUCCCGGCCCGGAACCAGAUGGCCGUGGGCCAGGAGGUGUUCGGGCUGCUCCCUGGGCUCAUGCUCUAUGCCACGCUCUGGCUGCGUGAGCACAACCGCGUGUGUGACCUGCUGAAAGCGGAGCAUCCCACCUGGAAUGAUGAGCAGCUCUUCCAGACAGCCCGCCUCAUCCUCAUUGGGGAGACCAUCAAGAUAGUGAUCGAGGAGUAUGUGCAGCAGCUCAGUGGCUACUUCCUGCAGCUAAAGUUUGACCCGGAGCUGCUGUUCAGUUCCCAGUUCCAGUACCGCAACCGCAUCGCCAUGGAGUUCAACCAGCUCUACCACUGGCACCCGCUCAUGCCCAACUCCUUCCAGGUGGGCCCCCAGGAGUACACCUACGAGCAGUUCUUGUUCAACACCUCCAUGCUGGUGGACUACGGUGUCGAGACCCUGGUGGAGGCCUUCUCUCGCCAGAGUGCUGGCCGGAUCGGCGGGGGAAGGAACAUGGACCCGCACGUCCUGCACGUGGCCGUGGAAGUCAUCAAGGAGUCGCGAGAGUUGCGUCUGCAGCCGUUCAAUGAGUACCGCAAGCGGUUUGGCAUGAAGCCUUACACCUCCUUCCAGGAGCUCACAGGAGAGAAGGAGAUGGCAGCUGAGUUGCAGGAUCUCUAUGGAGACAUCGAUGCCUUGGAGUUCUACCCGGGCCUGCUUCUCGAGAAGUGCCAUCCAAACUCCAUUUUCGGAGAGAGUAUGAUAGAAAUUGGGGCUCCCUUUUCCCUCAAGGGUCUCCUAGGGAAUCCUAUCUGUUCUCCGGAGUACUGGAAGCCAAGCACAUUUGGUGGGGAGACGGGCUUCAACAUUGUCAAGACAGCCACCCUGAAGAAGCUGGUCUGUCUCAACACCAAGACUUGUCCCUACGUUUCCUUCCACACGCCCAACCCCCACCAGGAUGAGCGGUCUGCUGUGGAGCGGCCACCCACAGAGCUCUGAGGGCACAGGGCGGCAGUAUUCCAGAAAGCUGACACCAGGGUUGACAGUCUUAAAGGUUCUUCUAUUGAAGAACCUUAUACGAAGACCAUAAAAUUGGAUUCUGACGGCAAGAAUGUCAUAUUUGCAGAGUGAGGAUGAAAUAAUCUAGAAAGUUGGGGCAUUCUUAUUUUGUAUUCUAGAAUUCUGGUUGGCCCUCCAGAAUGUUGACUUCAUGAUGGCAAUUCGGAAUGUUGUGAUCCUGGCCGUUGAUCCAGAACACUGGCUGGUGAGCCAGAUCAGUGUCGAUCUGAAUGUUUAGAAUGUUGAUUUGAUUCAUUUUCCCCUUUAGGGGAAUCUGACAUCUAAUAAGAAUGCAUUGCCUGAAUCUGUGCCUGCACUGAGGUGGGGGGGGGCUCUUUUUGGGACCCCAAUUUAGACACUGGUCUGAGGAUAUGGAGAACAGGUUGACUUUUAUCACCUGUUCCACCGGAGCUCUGUCCCCAUCCAUGUCUCAGCUCAUGGCAGCUGUUUCUCAUGAAGCUAAUAAAUUCGUUCUCCAAAUUGCCUGCUACAUAUCUCUUUUGGUCCUAUCUCCAGCAGCUGAGCAGAUGCCAAUAUGGCCUUUCUGCUG